AUGUUGUUAUGGGAAAAAACGAUUAAGUGGAAAAAGAGACAAGGCGACCCAGGGGAGAACGGGGACGAAUCGACGGAGUCGUGCGACGAAAAUGUCAAGUCCGCAUGUCCUCACGUCGCGAAAGCCGUCGACCUGACUCGGCUGAAGAAGGCACUGAAGAUCGGAGGCUUCGAGAAGGAGUGCGCGGAGUGUUUGAAGAGUACGAAGACGGAAGUGUCUGACCCAGAUUUUGUGGAGGACCUUUCUCUGUGGAUGUGUUUAAGAUGUGGCUCGCAGCUCUGUGGCCGCGCUCGUAACCAGCACGCUUUGAACCACUUCAACCGCCCGCACUCGGAUUCUCACGCGCUAACUGCCAAUACCACGACUUGGGCAAUCUACUGUUACAACUGCAAUGACGAGGUUACAGCCACUAGCUCGAAAAAGCUACAUGAAUGUAUUGAGUAUCUUAAAAAGCAAGCUUUAUCUGGUGGCAGUAUGAAAUCCUUGCCACCAAUAGAACUGCCACCGCCAGAGACAAUAAUAAAAACUGAUUAUACUUUCAAAGGCAAAGACAAAGCCAUGGGUUUUACACAGCGAGUAAGAGGUCUCUCUAACUUAGGAAAUACCUGUUUCUUCAACUCAGUCAUGCAGUGUUUAGUUCAAACACCUUACCUGCUCCCAGUCUUACAAGAGAUGUCGGCAACCGGGGAACAGUUCACGUUGCCGGGGGGCAAGUUGAACAUGAAGGUGGAUGGCGAGGAGAAGGAGAUGGAGCUGCCCCCGAUCACAGGACAGUUGUCAGAAUGGGGACCAUUGACUAGGACAUUGGCGGAGACUUUGUCAGACUUGCAAUCAGGAGAAGGUGGCGUGUACACCCCUCGCAAACUGCUCUCAGCGUUGGUGAACAAACUGCCUCAGUUCGGAGGUGGCGACCAGCAUGACGCCCAUGAGCUUCUGAGACAUCUUCUAGAGGCUGUCAGAUCGGAGGACCUAAGACGCUAUCAGUCCGUGAUUCUUAACAGCCUGGGGAUGAAUUCCAAAGUUGACCCAUCCAAGGUGGACGGCGAGGUCAAGCAGAAGGUCAAGUUCUAUGGCCAGCAGGCUUCUGACACCAUGCUGAGGCCGGAACAGGUGUUCCGCGGCUUCCUCGUGUCGACGCUGGAGUGCCAGGAGUGCUUCCACCAGUCGGACCGCGCGGAGUACUUCCUGGACCUGUCGCUGCCCGUGGCCGCCAGCCGCCCGCAGCCGCCCGCCGUCGUGCGCAGGAAAACCCCCAACGAGGAGAUGUACAAUCAGUACAACACGCAGGAGGAGAAUAAGCCGUCAAAGCACCAGCUCAAAAAGGAACGUAUCGCGGCGAGGAAAGCGGCGCGCAAGAACAAAGGUAAUUCCACGUCAAAGGAUGAUAUAACUACCGAGGUGAACGCUAAAAAAGAAGAUGGCAAGUCUUCAUCCGAACAAUCAGACGCCGACGUAGAAGAUAACCUAGAGGAUGCCCCGAGGCGAGCGGACACUCACAGCACUUCCGUCGGAACCCAGGCCAUCGCCCACACCGCUGCCAACUUCGCCCAUUACCUCAAUAUGGAGUCCGGGUACAACUCGGAGAAAGUUAUAAGCUCAGAUUCAAUCCGGACCAGUCCGGUGCAUUUAGCUGAAAAAGAAACUCCAGAAGAGAAUGGAAAAGAGUAUGUUGACUCAUCCACAUCAACUAUGGCUGUCCCGCUUGAAUAUAAGCCUCUCGCACCAUUUGAGAACCUAUCCAAUCCGGACUCUGGAGUAGCAAGCCCUGAAGCCACUAAGCACAACUCCACAGAGACAGUUGACCAUGUAGACUCUCCAACUGAUAACAAGGAGCUGGGUAGUCCUAGUUCGCUCUCAAGCGAGAUAAAUUUGGAGCUGACAGAACCAAGUCCGGGAACGGAACCGGAAAGACCCGUAUCCAGGAUUGCAUUCGCUCCAGAGUACACCAAUAAAGUUGUAUCUAGAGGGAUCAGUGUAGCUGGCUCAAGGCAGCUGCUAGAGCAGAGUGGAGACAGCAGUUAUGAGUCUCCUCCUGAUGCGAAACCAGCAGAAACAGAAUUGACGAAUCACGUCGAAGUUACGAACAAACUUGAUAAGCUCAAAUUAGAUAUGGAAGAGAAGAGUCUAAUAGUCCCCCCGGCGCCAGCUCUACCCGCCCCGUUGCCGCGGCCGACGCUCGGUGGCGCCGAUGACAAAGGCCUCAUGGAUUUCCUGUCCUAUUCCCGUAAUUCGACCCGCCAUGUGUGCGACGAGGACGAAUGCAGCGUCGCCUCCUGCCUCAGCCAGUUCACAGCUUUGGAACUGCUCACUGGGAACAAUAAAGUUGGAUGCGACACUUGUACUAAGCGGGAAGGUCAGGAAGGAGGAAAAACAGUCUACACAAAUGCUACUAAACGCUUCUUAGUGGCCAGUGCUCCGGCUAUCCUCAUACUUCAUUUGAAGCGUUUCCAGCUUGGACCUCGCUGUAUGUUUAGGAAAAUGUCAAAGCACGUCGACUUUCCAGCUAUCUUGGACUUAGCACCGUUCUGUGCUAUGGACAAGCUUCGUAAGCAGCCCGGCAUCAACCGGACACAAGAACAAGUUCUUUACUCUCUAUACGGAGUCGUUGAACACUCCGGAGGCAUGCACGGUGGGCAUUACGUGGCAUACGUAAAGGUUCGGGCGCCAUUACGACGCGAUCAUCCUCGCUGGGGUUUCUUACCUAAAAGUGCUAAUGUGCCUGCCGCUGAAGCCCCAGAGGCUCCAGAACCUGACUCAGAGUCCGAACUCUCCGGAUACGAGUCCGGAGAAGGAGCACCAAUGCCAGACUCUCCACCUGGCAAAUGGUACUACGUCUCUGACAGCAUGGUAUCAGAGGUCAGCGAGGACAAAGUAUUAAGAGCGCAGGCCUAUCUACUCUUCUAUGAGAGGAUCCUAUAAGCCUAAUUUAUCCGACAGCGUGCUGUAUAUAGCUUGUUAGCUUUUCCUUUUCCUAGUUAAUGGUUACCACGGUGACCUGUGUUACUGUUUUGUUUAUUGUAUCCUUAGGACAGGUAACCAUGCUCGCCCCAAAACGCUGUCCUAUCGACGAUAUUUUGUAUUUUUUAUGGCUCUACGCCUCAAUUAUGUACACAUUUAUUAUCGUAUUAAUAGACCAGUAACUGAUAUCAUGCUUUAGUUAUAAAGAGGAAAAGUAAGCUGCUUUCCUCUUUGAUUUUGAGGUAGUUUCGACCGCUUAUUUAAGUUUGAACUUAUGUACAUAAUUUUACAUACACACAUGAUUUCAUUAUUGUGUCACUAAUUCAAUGUUUAAACGGAAAACUUAAGUAUUAAUAAUAAUUAAAUUUAGGCCCACAGGAUCCACACAGGCAGAGCCGCUUCGCGAGGAAAUAGCCCCGCGAAGCAGCUCUGUCGAUGGAGACGUGCCUCGCCCGAAGCAAUCUGGCCGAGGCAUUUCCUCGCGAGGCGGCUCGUUCUGUGUGGAUCCGCCUAUAGAACUCGACAGUAGACGAAGCAUCUGCCGGGAUCUCUUUGGCCCUUCAAAUCGAAGUUUUUAGGACAUCAGCUCACUCCUCUUUACACAUUCACUGCUAAGCUUCGUUCAUAGCCAAUGACAUGGGUUUCUCGGUAUGUAGCGAAAUGCUUGGUAGAGGCAAAACGACAGUCAUAGCGCUGAAUGGGUUAAAACUUGUGUGGUAUCUGUGCGUUUUAUUUAUACGACUCUUUACAUAUGUGCAAGUUGCGGAAAGUUUCAAAAAAGUUAAAGUUCCCAAAAAUUUCGUAGGAAUAUAAAGAAAAUUUCGUUUUGGAAACGGAAUGUCCAUACCAACAUAAGUUUCCGAAAUUGGAAAUUUCGCAAUGACGACCGACCGGUCUGGCCUAGUGUCCCGGGUUCAAAUCCCGGUAAGGGCAUUUAUUUGUGUGAUGAACACAGAUAUUUGUACCCGAGUCAUUGAUUUUUUAUAUGUAUAUAAGUAUGUAUUUAUCUAUAUGCGUGUAUAUCGUCGCCUAGGACCCAUAGUAGGUACAAGCUUUGCUUAAUUUGGGGCUAGGUCGAUCUGUGUAAGAUUGUCCCUAAAUAUUUAUUUAUUUAAAAUUUUGGUACUUUCCGACAGUACAUCAUUUCGAAUCUUAGUCAUUGCAGAUGAAAACACGUCGAUGUAUAAACUAAGGAAUUGAUUACAAUGAAUUAAGGUACUGAUUGGUGCAUUGAUGUACUGCGAUAUAUAGUUACUCGCAUAACGUCGCACGAAUUUAGCCUAGUUACGCUCAUUUUAAAAUGAUAUUUUGAAAUAACUGGAAAUUUUACAUGAACAUUCAAGUAACAUAUAUGUGUGGUAAUAGUAUUCGUUGCUAGAAUUGUAAUAUAAAUAAAUUUGAGAAGAAAUUCUACAUACAUACAAAACUUUGCUCGCUCUAAUUUCUCUGUAUAACAAUGCUUAGCACCGAACUAGUACAGUCACGGACUUUAAUUGUUGAGCCGUUUAGGGUUUACUUUACAUUUGACAUUUCAUACCGUUAGUAUUGACAACCGAAAUAGCUUGAACUUCGAGCAACACCGGCUUCCGACACGUCGGAAGGGAGGAGCCCAAGCGAUAUCUUACCGUACAAAUCGUUCUGCCAUUUUGUGCGGGGGGAAACGUGCACACAGUCGCACUACUCACUCACUAAAUACAAAAUACAAUCUGUAAUAACGAGACAAAUACAUCGAAAAUGACAAACCUCAAAGACAAAUCUUGCACACCUGCAGCUGUGGCAUGGUUCCAUUUUUAUCACUUGUCACUAUGCCCGUCACUUUCGCGCUUACAUAUUUGUUAGAACGUGACAGGUCAGGUGACAAAUGAGAAAGAACCGACCAUCUUAGCCCUACUGGAUCUCUUUUUGUGUACGGACGAGUCACAACAUGCACCGCCAUAGGUACAGUUACCUAUGCUUCGGCCGAGGGGAAAUAGUACGAAUGCCGUCUCCCUUCCCGGAGUUGCUCGAAGAGCUUGAACCCUAAGUGGAUCAACAAUUUAAGUCUGUGACCGUACCAGACAUAUGUACGUUACGUAAAUGUUCACGCCAAGUUCCAUGUAAUGUAAGCAUGCCAUUUUAAAAUAAGAGCGUAACUUCGUUGUCGAUUGUAUGAGUUCGGCGGGUUCGUGUGACACAUAAGACGUAAUAUUAAGUCGUCUUUCAUUUUAAAAGUUAUUUUACUCUUGACGUUACAUGGCGGUUCUCACUAAGUUUUAAAUGUUACGAGACGUUCGUUUUUUUAAAGUAUUUAUUCUUUUCUGUAUUUAUGUUUGUAAUUUGUUGUUUUGUGGCCCUGUUACCUUUAGAGCGAAGUGAGACUACAGGGUGAUUAGGCAGACGUGAACAGAAUAUCACACGAUCAGGAAUUGUAAGGGAUUCAUAGUAAAGUUGUUACAAUGGUUCUAUAUUAUAUAUUGGUUAUUAUUUAACCGCCACCACUAAUAGUAAACUAAAUUAGUCUUGAUUAAGGUUCAUUUUAAACUGAACCUCUCGUCGCCUAUGGCCGACGGCGGCAGUCAAAAUGAUAAUGAAAAUACAAUUUCAUCACGCUAUUGUAACCGACUUUGUUCCAUAAGAUUCAUAACCAUAUUUUUUUAAGUUAAAAACUGUUCUGUUCACGCCUCUUAGACUCAGGGAUACACUGGGCGACAAAUGUUCCUCGACCUGUCGCAAACGACGUUAGUAGUGGCGCGACGUUAACUAACUUCAUUCAACUUACCUGGCAACAUCACGCGACACGUGUCGCGAACUUAUACGACUUUUCCUGACGUCGCGGGACAUGUCCCCUAGUGUCCCUUUUACCACCCUGUAUAGACAGGUAUAGGGUGCACCCUAUAUUCUCCAUAGUCUUCCACUGAAGUGUCAAGCCUUUAUAAAUCUGGUACAAUAUCGGUAAAUGCCAUUCGUAGUAAUGAAAUUAGCAUAGUUAUUUAUUGUAAUGUGAUGUCGAAUAGCCGGAUCCACGUAGAAAAAGCCGCCUCGCGAGGAAAUUGCCGCGCGAAGCAGCUCGGUCGGUGGUCUACACAGACCGAGCUGCUUCGCGCGGCAAAUUCCUCACGAGGCGGCCCGUUCUGUGUGGACCUGCCUUAUAACAUUUUACUGCUAAGUCAAUCUCAUUUAAAGCUGACAAAAUAUCGGUAUCGUUAGAGUCGGGCCAAGAUAACUUGGCAGCGAUUUGAUAGUCAGUGCAAAUGUCAAAUGUCAAACUUCUAUUCAAAUUUCAUUUCAUUCUUUAUGGUAAGCGACAAUGUGGUAACUUUUACUUGGAAAUGUCACAAAUUAUGACGUUUACUUAACACUUGCACAGUCUAGGCUAUCAAAAUCACUGCAGACUUAUCUUGGUCUGACUAGAAAUUUUCAAACAAGAAGAAACGUGAUCUGAGACGAUGUUUUAAAUUAUACAGCGUGUAUUUUUAAUAAGACCACAUAAUCAAACGGUAGUUAGUUUAGGCUGUAAUGAACACACUCAUAGGUUUUAUAAAAAAUGGAUGGAUGGAUGGAUGGAUGGAUUUUUAUUUUUCCAUAUAAAAUAAUUCAGCAAGCAAUGUAUUACUACAUUGUUUUAACUUAAAACGUCGCACUUAAUGACGCGACGUCACAAUCACAAAUGACCAUGAUGUACGAAAUACACUGCCGCUCGAAAAAAAAUCAAAAAUUAAUUGGGAGAAUCAACUUUUUAGCGUCACUCGUUGCCAUGGUUACGAUUAGUUGUCCAGGGGACAAAAGUUCAUUGAAAUACUGAUUUUAUGGCCCUACUAAGCAUGUUAAUAGAACGGCAUACAACGUCUCUUCAAACAAACUGUGCCACUGUUGUCCCUUGGACAACGGGACAGGAUAACAAAACAAAAAAAGUUGAUUCACCCAAUUAUGCUCUGGUGGUUAAGACUAAAUUAAAAAAAAAUCAUUCAGAAUUGUUUUAUAGCACUAAAACCUAGGUCUAGUUUAAGUUUGUGGUUAUAUCAAAAAUACACACUGUAUAGAGAUGACACCUGUCACCGUACCUUUCGUGUUUGAAAAAUACUACAAAUUAACUCCUAAUUCAGGACUAACAGGAUUUUAUGUGAAGUGUUAUAAUUUUGUAUAAUUUCUCUAUUAGUAUUCCAAUAAGCGUGAAGUCUUUUUAAAGAAGCUUGCUAUAAUUAUGUCUUCACCAUUUUGCAGGGUACAGUCGCCAUCAGAUAUAUCGGAUCGGCCAAGUUGCUCACAAAUAUCUGAACACGCCUCUAUUGUCAAGACGCUAGAGUGCGUGUUCAGAUAAUUUUGAGCAGCUCGGCCGCUCCGAUAUAUCUGAUGGCGACUGUACAAUCCGUAACAUAUAUUUGUGCAAGGUGCUCAAAAAUAUCUGAGCAUACACCUUUAACAUACCUUACCCUACAUAACAUACCUUUAACGACAAUAGUCGUGUUCAGAUAUUUAUGAAUGUUCAUCAAAACAUUGUCUAUCUAGAUCUCUCGCAAAAUUUCAGACUGACAUUAUAGUUAGAUUCUAGACCUAGUCGAUUGGAUAAGCCUAGAAUUUUGGAAUCUAAAAUAAAUACAUUAUUUUAGAAUCUAAAGAAAUGUCCCGACUGUAACUAGAGACAUUUGUUUUACCAUUAUAAAUAUUAUAAUGUACAUUUUCAGUAAUAUAGUGACUUGCAUUACGAAAAAAUAGUCAAAUUACCAAUUUUAAUGCUUGAUUUAACAUAGCGCGAUGUAGGUACAUGACAAGUUCGUUAAAAACAUUAAGUAGAUGGCGCUGCAAGCUCGGUUCUCCAUACAAACGUAGUUACGCUCUCAUUUCAAAACGACUAGCUAGAUUGCUCUGAAACUUUGUACUUACAAUAGAAGGUAUAUCUAUGCCUGUAAUUAGUUAAUGUAGUUUCAGAUACCGUAGUUAAAUUACAGCGAAUUUAAGUUUUUCAUGCAAAACUUGUUGCUGUAUUUCGUUUGUUUUAUAAGGUGGAGUAAUAUAAACUAAUUUCAGCCCUAGAUAUAACUCAUAUCAUUAUAUGUGCAGUUUCAUUACAAUCCAACACAUAGUUUUAAAAUGAGAACGAAACCCCGUUUUUAUGGGAAGUAGACACUAAAACUACACCAAAUUAUGUCUAUAUUUGACCUAUACUCUGUAUCUUUAGGUAUUUAAAUAAAAGUAAACAAAAUCUACCCUCAAAUGGUUUCUUAAGCCAGUUGAGGGUAGGUGGAAACAUUACAUGAUCAAAUAAUGCAGGUUAAAGUCAGGUCGUUCAGUGACAGAUCCAGGCAGUUAUUUGUUGGUUAACCAAUAAAUGUUAUAACUACCCGAAAAUGUUUGUUUACUUUUAUUUAGGUACCUAAAGACACAGAGUAUAGAUAAUUGCGAUCUAGGCAUCUAAUGCAAAAGUGAAUAUUCUACUACGAUAACUAGUGUGCUAUAACUAUAAGCCUAUAAUCAUGCUGAUUAUACCGAUGGUCACUUUAUUAUUGAAAAAGUUUCCUCUAACACAUAACCCUCCUUUUUGGGGCAGCCGGGUAAGUUUAGCCCACUUUGAAAUAUGCAUUUGCCAGGUUUCCUGCGAAGUUAGUCGUCUACGUUGAUUUAUAUAUUAUUUGAUAAAUUUUGUAUAUUGAACUCCAAACAUAUUAUUGCGUUAACUGGUGUAUUAAAAUAAAAUAUGAUUUUAAAACGU